UGUGGCUGGAAAAGCCUCCCCUCGUGUUUUUGACAGUAAACAGAUGACAGCAGAUGAUAACAGCACUGAGUCUUUCUUAGAACAGAAUAAUUACUGUAAGCAUAGAGCAGCCGGACCGCAGGGUAGGAUCCGCCUCAUUCUCACACACCGUCUCUGAACCUGCCGGUGCCCGCCGCAUCAUGGACCCUCAACCCAACCAAGUGAACUCCAGAGGGAGAAACUACCCGAGGCAGAGCGCAGCGGGAGCGUCCGGAGAGGAGCCGCAGGCCCGGCAGGUGGACGGACAAACCCCCGCGGUGGGGAGGGAGCCAGGGGCAGACCGACAGCCACAGUACUCAGGAGCGUUCACCGUCAUUCCGCCCAACCAGACCCGCCGGAGCAAGAACAAAGAAAUGGCUCAGAAGGAAAUGGAGGAUCUGCAGAGAUACAGGGAGGCACACAGGCCCGGUCCGCUGCACCUCGCUCCAGAAAGGCUGGGUGGAGGGGAUGUAACUGUAGCCGAGGCCAGGCAGAGGCAGUUUACCAAUCAGAGAACCUCCAGUCUGCAGAAGAAGCUUAAAAAGGAGGAGAUGGAAAAGAAGAAGAGACAAGAGGAGGAGGAAGAGUGGCAGAAGAUGAAGGCCACACAGAGGGAGAAGGCUGAGCGUCUGGAGCUGAGGAGGCGGCAGGAGGACGAGAGGAGGCGGGAGCGGUUCCACUCGGAUCAGACCAGGAAAAAUGACAGUUUUCUGCAGAGUCUCCAGAGAGAGGCCGCUCCGUCCUGCGGUGCUGCACACACAUCGUCCAUGAACAAAGUGGGCGACCAGGAGACAGAAAAACAGACAAGAAGUAUGGAAGAGCUGCAGCUGGAACACAGGAGGGUGAACCAAGCCUUUCUCGAUAAGCUGGAAUGUAACGCCAGGGGGUCGGAGGUCGAGGCGAGCAGCCGCACCGGCCGGGAGGAAGAGCGUCCACGUUUGGCCCCUGACGAUCACAGGCGACACGCCGCAGCCGGACGCGUCAGCCUGACUCACCCGGAGCCCAGUCCAGAGCGCCGCUGCUCCGACUGGACGGAGGAAACUGAUCCGCAGGCCGACUGCGACUGGAACCUGAUGAAGCUGGUGAACAUCUUCCCAGGCUGCAGCAGAGACUUCGUCCAGGACAUCCUGACCCAGUGCAACGGCGACUACGAGCAGGCCUGCGCUCUCCUGGGCAGCAUGCUCUCUUAAACUUGAUUCACUUUGGUAAAGAGACGGUAGGACGUUUUCGGACAAGCAGAUUCAUGCGGCGUUCACAUAUAAAAUGCUCCGCUGCCUGCCAGCUGUAACAAACGGUACCUACGGGGCCCAGAGCAAUUCCGAGGAUCUGCUUCCUAUUAUCCCGUUAAUCUCCGAGCGUUCGGUGUUUUGCAUCUCUCUGGUGAGUCACGCUGGCUUUUUGAGCCCACUCAGAGUCCAUGUUGUUCUUAUAUGAAUUUGGUAAAGGUCGCUGUUUAUGACUCACAAUGUUUAAAUCAUAUUUUGGGCUUCUAAUUUGAUCAAUAUGU